UUAAGUGAAUGCUUGUCUCAGUGGUUUUGGUGGUGUAAUGGGUUCUGUUCGCUAAGGAUCUACGCAACUGUAAAUCGUAAAUGUUCCCGAAAUAUUAACGCAACUUCGCAAACAAUAGGUCGAGGACACGAGAGGACACGACGGUCGUUGCAUUUUCCUGGUGGUCAUUCUCUCGCCGCGAGGAACUCGCCUCCAGUACACACACACACACACACACAUACACUGUUUGUGUGUGAACCAACCGAAUCGGCCGGUCGCGGAAGGAAGGAGGAAGGGAGUGAGAGGGAGAGACAGAGAGGUCAGCUGUUUAUCGAGCGUGUAAUAGAGAUAGAGGAGGGAGUGAAAUGGCCCCCACCCACGGCGACGAGGAAAUAGAGGGGCGGUAUAAAGAGCGUAAAGCGUAUAAAGAGCGGCCGUAUGCCUACAGCCCCGUGCCAGCGAGUUCCUCCACGGAAGUGCACGAUACAACCACCCUUGACAGACAUACUGACCGAAACGGUGCCGGUAGAUACGACCAUCGACUUGGUUCCACGACUAUUAACGGUGUAAACGGCAAGUGUCCUGUGAACAAUAUGGCGGAGAAGGGCUCGACGACGCUCCAGUACGUCGCGGCAGCCGCAGCGAAUCUGUGCACCAUGGCUGCCGGCGCUAUGUUGGGAUGGACGAGUCCCGUGCUGCCGAAACUGAUGAAAAAUACCGAGGACAGUCCUCUUGGAAGGCCAAUCGACCAAGACGAAAACUCCUGGAUAGGUUCUCUGGUAGCCAUAGGAGCGAUGAUCGGUUGCUUCGUAGCUGGAUGGAUGUCAGAGAAAUUCGGCAGAAAACGGACGCUCCUGUCCGCCGUAGUGCCAUUCACGAUCGGAUGGAUUCUAAUCGCCUCGGCGAAGGUGGUGAUCCAAUUGUGCGUGGCCAGAGUGUUUCUCGGUUUCGCUAUGGCCUUCGCCUUCACGGUCGUUCCUAUGUAUUGCGGCGAGAUCGCGGAGACAUCGGUCAGAGGAGCCCUUGGAUCCUUUCUGCAGCUGUUCAUCACGUUUGGUCUACUGUACUCGUAUGCGAUCGGCCCAUACGUGUCGUACACGGUGUUAUGGAUCCUCUGCGGGAUCCUGCCGAUCAUAUUCUUCGGUUGCUUCAUAACCAUGCCGGAAUCACCGUACUACCUGCUGAAGAUCGGCCAGAGAGAAGAGGCGAUCGCUUCGUUGGCCAGACUCCGAAGCUUGCCUCCUGCUAGCGUCCAGAAGGAAGCUGACGAAAUGCAGACGAUCCUACAACGUGCCUUCCUGACAGCAGCUAGCAUCAUGGAUCUGUUCACCGUGAAAGCGAACUUCAAGGCGAUGGUAUACACCAGCCUUCUAGCCAUGUUCCAACAGCUGAGCGGUAUUAACGUGGUCCUGUUCUACAUGGAGGGAAUCUUCAUCAGCGCUGGCACGUCCCUCUCGACCUCGGUCGCGACCAUCAUCGUCGGUGCUGUUCAGACGAUCGCCUCCUGUGUCACGCCUGUUGUCGUUGACAGGCUUGGCAGGAAGCUGUUGCUCAUUAUCUCCGGUAUCGGAGAAAUCGUGACUUUGUGCGCUCUGGGCACCUACUUCUAUUUGAAGGACGCGCUGCACUCGGACGUGUCGAGUAUCUCGAUCCUUCCGAUCCUGUCUCUGGUGAUCUUCAUCGCGACCUACUGCCUCGGUUGGGGACCGUUACCGUGGACGAUGAUGGGCGAGAUGCUCGCGACCAACGUGAAAUCGAAGGCGUCCAGUAUCGCCGUGUGCAUGUGCUGGUUGCUGGCGUUCUUCAUCACCAAAUUCUCCGGCACGCUGUCGGAAUCGUUCGGCAAUUACACGCUUUACUGGUUGUUCGCUGUGUUCUGCGUGAUCAGCGUGGUGUUCACGGUGAUGGUGCUGCCGGAAACGAAGGGCAAGAACCUCCAACAGAUCCAGGACGAGCUGAACGGCGUGAGCCCCAGGGUGUCGGACUUCGAGUCCGGAAAGAUGUGAAUGCAGUAUUAAACGUUGGCCGUAAUAUCGUGUCAGCCGUUCAUCCGUUCCCCGUUUAAGUACACAUACAUCUUCAUACUGCCAAAGACCGUGAUCGCGACCCUCGAUCCCCCUAUUGUCACUUGGAUGGGGAUACAUCCGAGGCCUAAUGAACGCUUACGAUCGGGUCGAAAAACACGCUCACGAUUACCUAGCAAUUUAAGGAACCUGCGUUAGACGCAAUAAUGUUAUCGUCGAUUACGGGAGAGAAGGAGGGGACUGAACGGCGACGGAAUCGGACGAUCUCGAUUUUUA